UUUAACAGUAACUGCGAUUGGUUUAAAAAUACUAAAUGUGGGCCUAGUUUGAUCGCCAUAACAUUGUAAUUUUUUAGUGAUCGAUACUUUAUACAUUGUUUGAUUCCUACUAGCUAAGUACUUACAGUAUAGUUGCACUGCCUUGUCUUGCAAUAAAACUUUUUUCUAAGUUUAAGUAUAGCCCAGCAAGACGUUUAUCAGUUUUAAUUAUGCAUUUACAAAGACUCUUUCUUUUCUCGACGGCAAUAUUAUUCUUCAUUUUAACGACAACCACAGGCGAUAGUAGUGAUUACGACGAUGAUGGAUUCGAUAGUGAUAAUCAAAUUACAUCUAUUAUAUCUAAUAAAACAAUGAAAGUUAAUGGUCCGUUGAUCGUCGUGUCAAAUCGAUUGCCGUUUGUUCUGACUCGAAAUGCCGAAGGACAAUUGACUAGGAAACACAGUGCAGGUGGUCUUGUGACAGCCGUGACGCCAGUCGUUAUUGAUUGUAAGGGAACAUGGAUCGGGUGGACUGGUUUGUAUGAUUUAAACCCUAAUACUCCAAUACCCGAGUCUGACCCAUCGGACAAGUCUCCUACCGCUGGUCUCAAAUCUUGCCAGGUUGUUCCCGUAGAAAUGGAACAGAAAGAAUUCGAAGAAUUCUACUGCGGCUGUUGUAAUAGUUUAUUCUGGCCUCUUUUUCAUUCCAUGCCAGAUCGUGCAGAAUUUGUCGUCAAAGACUGGGUGUCGUAUUGCAGAGUUAACGAAAAGUUUGCCAAUUGCGUUUUGGACACUUUACGACAAACCAUAAAAAAACUAGACGAUGCCGGAGAUGAAGACACAGUUCCCUUGGUAUGGAUACACGAUUAUCAGUUGUUGACAGCAGGGAAGAUGAUACGAGAAGUGUGUAGAAGUGAAAACCUCCGGGUUAAACUUGGUUUCUUUUUGCACAUACCGUUCCCGUCAUGGGACAUUAUGAGACUCUUGCCCUGGGGUAAAGAAGUUUUCGAAGGGUUAUUAGCUUACGAUGUUGUCGGGUUCCAUAUUAAUGAUUACUGUUCAAAUUUUAUUGACUGCUGUAGUCGGCAACCGGACUGUCAAGUAGACCGAACGAACAUGAUGCUAUUUGUCGAUGGUCGCACCGUUGAUGUAAGAUAUGUGCCUAUCGGCAUCCCAUUUAAUGAUUUUGUAAAUUUAUCGAAAAAUGCGAAAAAUCCUAUGUUAGACAUUCCGGAAGACGUAAAAGUCAUACUCGGCGUGGACAGGCUGGAUUAUACCAAAGGAAUAAUACAACGGAUCCUGGCGUACGAGAAAUUUCUUGUAAGGUAUCCCGAAUUUCUCGGAAAAGUCGUCCUCGUUCAAGUAUCGGUACCCUCCAGAACAGAAAUAAAGAGUUAUCAAAUGUUGAAAGAAGAAACCGAACAAAUUAUCCGCCGGAUCAACGAUCAUUUUUCUACGGAUGACUGGUCUCCGAUUCGGUACAUCUACGGUUGUCUCUCCCAAGAGGACUUGGCGGCUUUGUACAGGGACUGUAGGGUAGCGCUGGUCACUCCGCUAAAGGACGGCAUGAACUUGGUAGCCAAAGAGUUUGUGGCCUGUCAAACAGGCGAUCCCGGCGUGUUGGUCUUGUCGCCGUUUGCCGGUGCUGCUGAGCAAAUGACCGAGGCGUUAAUGGCAAAUCCCUAUGAAAUGGAAGAAAUGGUCAAUGCCCUUCACACAGCUCUUGAAAUGCCACUAGAAGAAAGGCAAUCGCGCAUGACCGAACUGCGACACCGCGAACAGCUUCUAAACGUCAACUACUGGAUGCGAUCGUUUAUUUCGUUUUUGAAACCUAAAGAAGAACCAAAAAAAAAAUUCUUUUCCCGACGAGCUACAAAUAGGACUUCCAGGGAAAAACAAAAUGUUCCUUCGAUGUUGGCCAAAUGAUCUAAAUUAACGCUUCAUUACAAAAUGAUGCUGAUAAUAUAUAUAUUUUUUAAUUACUAUAAAGCUGUUUUACAUUUUAGAAGUUUAUAAUUACUAUUAUCUAUGUAUUAAUAAUUUAUUAUUGGUAUAGACAUAUUUAAUUUCAACUCGAUAUGAUAUGUACGAUGUAGAUAUAUUCUUGU